AAGGCAGCAUUGAACUAGCCGUUAUUAAUCUCUAAUCCCUCUCCUGAUCGGAUUUUUGAGCUUAGAGAUGAACAGCGACGUCGUUUGCUGUUCCUCCUCAGGCGACAAUGGCGAACGUGAAACUCCUCUUUAGGCAGAUAUGGACGCUAACUCUAAAAAAUCUCCUGCUCGUGCUCGUUCGCCCGGUCUUUACAACCGUUCUCAGGGCUCUAGUUCUGCCAGUGAUUUUCAUCGCGUUUAUAUCAUAUGCGCGAAACUUAUUCAUUGAGCCUGCAACUUAUGGGAUUGGUGAUCCAACCCCUGUGCGGGCUCUGUCGAAUGCUCUGGAUUUUGUAACUGGUGGAAGAGAUAAGCUAGUAUUUGUUCAUAAUGGCCUUAUUGGCGGCCCUAUCGAAAAAGUCAUAGACUCGGUCACUGAGUCUAUCCGACCCGAUCAAGAUCAAGUCUACCGUUUAUCCUCCGACAAAGAGCUACGAGAAUUAUGUCGAACAUCACUCAGUGGAGAGUCUAAAUGUAUAGCAGCUGUGGUGUUCUAUUCAUCCCCAACAGAGGGCCCCUAUGGGGUUUGGAAUUACUCGAUCAGGACAGACGCGUCCUUGGGAGCGGGGAUUAAUGUUGAUAGUAAUAAGAAUGACCAGGAGAUUUACCUUCUUCCUUUACAGCACUCUAUUGAUUGGGCUAUCGCCCAAGCGAAUGCAUCAACUAAUCAGAAUGCCCUACCCGAUGAGAUCAUGGAGUAUCCGUAUACAUCCUUGACCCAGGAAGAACGUCGAAAUAAAAUCCGAGUCAAUUAUAUGGGUGCAAUUAUCAAUAUCAUGGCUAUCGCCAUUUUUAUCGGCAUUGUAGGAGUUACGUAUCAGCUAACGGGUCUAGUUGCCAUGGAACGUGAAUUGGGAAUGAGUCAGUUGCUCGACUGUAUGAUGCCAAAUGAGUCCAGAUGGCAAUCGCAGGCAGCCCGUUUCAUGGCAGCACACCUAGCACUAGACUUAGUAUACGGCAUUGGGUGGAUUAUAACGGGCGCUAUCUUGAAAUAUGGCGUCUACAGCAAGACCUCUGCAGGGAUUACUAUAGUCUACAACAUUCUGGCUGGGCUCGCCUUGUCGUCCUUUUCUAUCUUUGGGGCAUCAUUUUUCAAGAAGGCACAACUCAGUGGCAUCUCCGUCGUCAUAGCCUGUUUACUCCUCGGUGUUAUAGCCCAGAUGGUUCCAGCAAAGACUAAUGGUGCGGUUGCCAUACUUAGUCUUCUAUUUCCUCCGAUGAAUUAUGUCUACUUCCAUAUAUUCAUGGCUCGAUGGGAGAGGCAAGACCAACCCACCGACCUUGUACAUUCAGCUCCCGAGAGCCCAUGGUCUCUCCCCGGAGUCAUUUUGUGGAUACUGCUCAUCAUUCAAAUACUCCUGUAUCCAUUGCUUGCUGCUAUGGUGGAGCGCAUUCUUUACAGUACGGCCUCGAAAAAUCGAAAAGCCACAAGGUCCAAUGACCCAACUGCACUCAAAUUGGAAAAUUUCACAAAGGCCUACAGACCUGGGUGGUUCUACAGGCAUGUGGCUAAACGUUUUGGUAGCAACCGUCAAACAGUUUUGGCAGUUAAUAACCUCACUAUAGAUGUCGCGAAGGGGCAGAUCAUGGUCCUUCUAGGGGCUAACGGAUCAGGCAAAUCUACUACACUCGAUUCUAUCGCUGGUUUGACGACAGUUUCCGACGGAGAAAUCAGUAUAAAUUACGGGACAGAGGGUGGAAAAUUCGGCCUUUGUCCUCAAAAGAACGUUCUCUGGGAUACCCUAACCGUUAAAGAGCACGUUAGAAUCUUCAACAGGCUCAAGGCUACUCAGGUUGAUACCGAGGAGCAGCUUUUGAAGCUAUUAUAUGAUUGUGACCUUGAUAAGAAGGCCACUUCCUUUGCGAGAACACUUUCCGGUGGCCAAAAGCGAAAGGUCCAAUUAGCGAUGAUGUUCACUGGUGGCUCCUCUGUUUGCUGUGUGGAUGAAGUGUCUUCAGGCCUUGACCCAAUCUCACGGAGAAAGAUUUGGGAUAUCCUUCUAGCUGAAAGAGGUUCUAGGACCAUAUUAUUGACAACGCACUUUCUAGAUGAGGCAGACCUCCUUUCGGACCACAUUGCCAUUCUCUCAAAAGGAGUGCUCAAGGCACGGGGAUCGAGUGUCGAAUUGAAGCAUCGAUUAGGUUCGGGAUAUCAUAUCCACGUUUUGAAUGUCCCCGGGUCGGAGGCAGCAUCGUGUUUCCUCAAUAGUGUUCCUCGCGAGAGCCACUUUGAAGAAACGGUGUAUACUGUCCAAACCUCGGCAGAGGCUGCCUCAUUCAUCUCAAAGCUCGAAGAAGAAGGGGUUACGGAUUACCGUGUAAGCGGACCUACCAUUGAGGAUGUCUUCUUGAAGGUUGCAGAAGAGCUAGACUCCCAAGCCCCUCAGGGCCCUGUUAUGGAUAAUGCGGAAGGGGAAACUCAGGACCUUGGCAAGAAAGACCAGAAAGUUACCCACGGAGGUUUACAUCUUCUUACUGGACAACGCACCAGUAUGACUCUGCAGUCAUGGUAUCUCUUCCAUAAGAGAGUCACAAUACUACGCCGCAAUCCUCUUCCCUACCUCAUAGCGUUUCUUAUUCCUGUCAUCGCGGCUGGUCUAGUUACACUCUUUCUCAAAGAUGUUGGUCAAACCGGCUGUUCUGCGGAAAGCAUGACGACAACACCAAAGUUUCAGUCCCUACAGUCACUAGGAGAUUUUCAGAUUGUACUCGGUCCCUCUGACAAGAUCUCAACUGCCACUUUGGAGAGUUUCAUCAGUUCCUUAUCUGCUUCGGGAGAAGCUAGCACAGGGAAGUCUGGAUCCAAAUUCUACAUAGUUGAUAGUCUUUCUGCGUUUGACGACUAUCUUAAAGCUAACUAUCAUAAUGUGACCCCGGGUGGCUUUUACCUCGGAGAUGCAUCAUCAAGCCCUACCUUUGCCUGGAAAGGCGACAACAACGACCUCCCUCUCGCUGCCGUCAUACAAAACCUCUUUCAUCGUCUACUAAUAGACAUGCCUAUCAAUCUCCAGUUUCAGUACUUUGGUAUACCUUGGCUGCCAAACGCGAGCAAAAUUCUCCAGCUCAUUGUCUACUUUGGUCUAGCCAUGUCAGUCUAUCCGGCAUUAUUUUCUCUCUAUCCGACUAUGGAGCGGCUGAGAAACGUCAGAGCACUUCACUUUAGUAACGGUGUUCGGAGCUCGUCUCUUUGGCUUGCAUAUGUUGGAUUUGACUUCUGCAUUGUCAUUAUGUCCAGUGUUCUUGCCAUCAUCAUAUUCAUUGCCGUAUCUGAUGUUUGGUACAAUCCAGGAUACCUUUUUGUUGUCUUCUUUACCUACGGUCUUUGCUCGACUCUGCUAUCGUAUCUAGUCUCCCUGUUUUCAAGAUCACAACUUGCUGCCUUUGCGUUAGCAGCCGGGAGUCAAUGCGUGUUGUUCCUUAUAUACCUCAUUGCAUACAUGUCUAUUUUAACUUAUGCGCCCUCGGAAAGAACUGACACUUAUGUUGACAUCGCUCAUUUCACUAUCGGCAUCAUCUCACCUGCGGGCAAUCUCCUUCGCGCCAUGUUCACGUCUUUGAAUGUGUUCUCCAUAUUAUGCCGGGGAAGAGAAAUUGCCUCGUACCCAGGGGAAAUCACCCUCUAUGGUGGGCCCAUUCUUUAUCUCAUCGUCCAGUCCUUUGCGCUUUUUGGACUGCUCCUAUGGUUUGAUGGAGGUCCCACAUUCACCCUUCUACGCGCCAAAUUCAAGCCUCAUGAUGAGGAAGAAAAAGCCCUCAAAGACGUCACUCCUGAAAAGCCACGGACUGCAGACUCCGACGAGGGUCUUCGCGUCCUUCACCUCACCAAAACCUUCCAAAAAUUUACCGCUGUAGAAGACAUCACUUUUAGCGUCGGCAAAGGCGAAGUUUUCGCCCUCCUCGGCCCCAAUGGCGCAGGAAAAACAACAACUAUCUCCCUCAUACGCGGCGAUGUCCAGCCAUCCCGGAAUGGAGGCGAUAUCUUCGUCGACAAUAUCUCCGCCUUGCGACACCGUGCGUCCGCACGAUCUCAUCUCGGCGUCUGCCCCCAGUUCGACGCAAUGGACCAAAUGACCGUACUAGAGCACCUUAUAUUCUACGCCCGAAUCCGCGGCGUUCCCAACGUAUCCCACAACGUCAACGAGGUCAUGCAGGCCGUGGGCCUCAUACCAUUCAAACACCGCAUGGCAACUACUCUAUCCGGCGGAAACAAGCGCAAGCUGUCCCUCGGCAUCGCCUUAAUGGGUAACCCCACUGUUCUACUUCUCGAUGAGCCAUCCUCCGGUAUGGACGCGGCUUCCAAGCGAGUCAUGUGGAAAACGCUCGCUGCCGUCGCUUCUGGCCGCUCAAUUGUCCUCACUACCCAUUCCAUGGAGGAAGCAGAUGCCCUCGCCCACAGAGCAGGUAUUAUGGCGAAGCGCAUGCUUGCCCUCGGAACUACGAAUUCUCUUCGCUCGACGUACGGGAACAGAUACCACGUUCACUUGGUUCACAAGCUGGCGCCUCAUACGGCUGAAGAAGAUAUGCGGAACGUCCGCAAAUGGGUCGGUCAGAAUUUCCCUAGAGCUGCUAUCGAAGAAAAGACGUAUCAUGGUCAGCUCCGCUUUACUGUACCUGCUACAGGGUGGGAUUCGGCUGAUUUCGACGGUAAUACCACGACCACGCCGCAAUCUAUGAACGAUGUAGAAACAUUUGAUGGGGACAAUGUAAAAGACAAUCAUAGCAUUGUUAAGCUCUUUUCGCGUCUUGAGGAGAGCAAAGCGAUCUUAGGUGUACAGUUUUACUCUGUUAGCCAGACAACAUUGGAUCAAGUAUUCUUGACUAUUGUUGGACAGCAUAAUAUUGCGGAGGAUUCUUAGCAGGUGACGUCGCCGAAGUGAUAGAUUUGGGUCUUUUUUUGUUCCGCCUCUUUGAGCUGGUGGUUUACUCUUCGC